CUACCACUAGCUCUAGCUGCUACUUUGUGGCCAUAUUCAAUUAGUCCUAGAUCAUUUAUUUAUGUACUCAUCUGCCCAUGCAGGAGUGAUAGGUUCCAACCUAUUGUAGUUGAUCCAGGGCUAUAUUUAGCUAGGAGAAGCCAAAUUUUUCAAGCUACAGAGAAGAGGGCAACACCUGAUGCAUUCAAACUCUUCACAGGUUCACCAUGGGUCAUCUUGAGCAGACCCUUUCUGGAGUUCUGCAUUUUUGGUUGGGAUAAUUUGCCUCGAACACUGCUGAUGUAUUUUACAAAUGUGAAGUUAUCCCAGGAAGGGUACUUUCACUCAGUCAUUUGCAAUGCACCAGAAUUCAAGAACACAACAGUAAAUGGCGACUUACGAUACAUGAUAUGGGACAAUCCUCCAAAGAUGGAACCGCUCUUCCUGAACGCCUCUGUUUAUGAUCAGAUGGUGGAAAGUGGAGCCGCUUUUGCAAGACAGUUCCAAGUUGAUAACCCUGUGCUGGACAUGAUUGAUGAAAAGAUCCUCCGUCGCGGUCGCCAUCAAGCUGCCCCCGGGGCAUGGUGCACCGGGAGGAGGAGCUGGUGGGUGGAUCCAUGCUCCCAGUGGGGUGAUGUCAAUAUCCUGAAGCCUGGUCCUCAGGCUAAGAAGCUUGAGGGGUCUGUUUCAAGCCUCCUUGAUGACUUGGGCUCACAGACCAAUCAGUGCCAGUGAACAGACACAUCAAUAGAAACAGUUUAGGAAGCUGUGUAGUUUUUUGUACUGUGAUUCAUCAAUCAGUAGAAGUUACCAUUUACUGAAGAACAAAUUCUUUGGCCACCAAAGUUUAAUAUCAAUCUGGGAAGGAGGGUCUCCUGUCAUAGCUAGCAGUGUUUGCAGGUGAGUGUGCAUACUGCAUAGCAAAACUUCUGAGUUGGAGUGGAGAAGGGAAUAAUGUAUGAGCUUUGGGGCUGUAUAGUUUUGGAGGCUUAAUAUUUAUGGUUGAUCCUCCAAUACCUUUAAUAGUAGAGGCUAGGAGGAUAUUCCUCCUGGUUCCAUUUUCA